AUGCGAGAUACUCAUGAAUCUAAGUCCAAAUCCAAGUCCAACGCCAGCGAUGUUCCUUCCCUCUUCCCUCAACGCGGCCACCUUGAUUCCAAACAGAAUGUAUCGGUCCAGAGCAGAAAGGGACUGGCCAUGUCCGAAGAAGGCCAUCCCAGCGACGCUGGGUUCGUCGGUCAACCUGAUAAACGAGCAAGAUUUACGGUCGAAUCGCGUGCUGUUAAGAGAGACGAGGCUGCUGUUGUCAAGUCAAAACGGCGAGAGACAACGACAAAAGCCAAAAAACAAAUACCACAGAAAUUGCCUACAGCCUUCCAACAGCGGCAAGUAAAUCCCAUUUAUUCUCCCAAGCGGAACAGUGAAAGGGAAAGGGAAGGGGAAGAUGGAGAAGAGGGCUCUAGAAAGCAGAUCAAAGGUGCCGACAACAAAGUCGCACAAGAACGGUUGAAGACGCCUUCGUGCCGACCAUUAUCUAGAAAGCCCGCAGUGGGGCCAAGCAAGGCAGAGGUUAUCGUCAAGGGCAGAACCAGGAGCUGGGCCAUACAAAAGGAGGAGGCCUACGAGUACGCAUUCCGAGAUCUUUCGACAGAAAAUGGCACGAUACUGACACUCCGAGCUGUGCUUGAUGACGAAUUCGCAAUCGAGUACCCCCACAUUUCGUUAUCACGACGGGGAAACGACUAUCUAAUCAAGAUCGAGAUGCUGACCCGUUCAGAGAAAAUCAUCCGGACGGAUCUCAACCAGAAAAAACAGAUACUCAGAUUGUGUCGGGAGAAAAACGGCGCCGGUCGCCGUAUAAAGAAGCAGGUCGGAGAUGAACAUGGGCAACCGACUAGAAGAGAAGCAAAGAAAGUGAAGGCCCCUCGUAAGCGACCGACGAUCACCCACGAAAAGAACGCAGCGAACUCCCGUGUCUCCAGCAAAGAACCGUUCAGUCGAUAG